CAUUUCAUGCGUUUUCUGUUUCCAAACUUUCAAGAUUUUCCAAUUCUCUCCGGUAUUUACUUGGCUUGAAUCAUUUGAACCCUCUUAGAAACAGAAAUUGCAUUUACUUACGUCUCAAAUUAUACUGUAACAUUUGAUUCAAGUGUCAUUUCAUGUCAUUUCGCUCCUUUGUAUUGAUGUUGUCUUUUCCAGGAUGAACCGAAGUGAUUUCACGGGAACUUAGCUUUCAUUCGGUCUAUUGUCAACCUUGAAUUGCCGCUGAAGAUGGAUCCUGAACCUCCAGCCAAAAAGAAAUUUAAAGCCGGGAAUUUGAACAGUUUCAUUAAAUCCUCUCGAAAGACUGCGAACGAUUCAAGUAAAGAUGAAAGUGAAUCCAAGAUUCCUAAAAGUCUCUCCCCUCUCAAAUGGAAGAAGGUCAAAGCAGACAACUUAGAUUUAGACUUCUGCUCUCAAUUUUAUCUCAAAGAAGAAGCUGAUGAGUUAAUCAGACGGCUGGAAACAGAUAUUGAAUAUUUUACUGGAGAUUUAGCCAAAGUUUUUGUGUUUGGAAAAUGGCAUAAUGUACCUCGCAAGCAAGCAACUUUUGGAGAGCCAGGUCUGAGCUACAAAUUUUCAGGGAUUUCUGCUCCCUCCCGACCUUGGCCAAAAGUAUUACUAGAAAUUAAGGAAAAGGUUUCAAAAGCCUGCAGUAAGGACUUCAAUUUUGUUCUAGUGAACAGGUACAAUGAUGGGAAUGAUUAUAUGGCUGAACACAGGGACAAUGAGAAAGAGUUGGAUCCUCAUACGCCAAUAGCCUCUCUUUCAUUUGGUCAAGCGAGAGAUUUCAUCUUCACCCAUGGAAGCACGAAAAAGAAGGAUAAGUCACCCAACAGUACCAAAAUACCUCCAGUUAAGUUUGUUCUCAAUCAUGGAAGUCUUCUCCUUAUGAAUCAUCCUACAAAUAUUUAUUGGUAUCAUUCUUUACCGCGGAGAAAAACAGCUCCUGGAGUAAGAAUUAAUUUAACUUUUCGAAAGGUCAUCAAGAGCAAAUGCUCUUAAAGAACUGCUUUAAUAAGCCCGUACAAAAAUUAUGGAAACUCUUUUAUGUCACAGGACUGUAAUCGUACCAUGACUCUCAAACCAAAAUUUCACUCUUCCAUUUGCAGUUGUUGCAGAUGUCGCUCUUUUUCAGUUAAUUUUUACUCUCUCCCCUCUGUAAUUGAAUUGGUUUGUGAUAUAACGUCCGUUGUCUAAUACAGGGCUUUAUAAUUGCAGUGGUUUUUUUUUGAUGAAUAAGAUCGAUCUCUUUAGUAAUCGUUUAAUUAUAUACUCAGGGGAUUUUUUAUAAAAUUAUUUUACAUUCUUAAUGUCUUAAACAAUCUUGUUUCUGCAAAAUUCAACAAAAUCGUCCGCUCAAAUUCUGAAACAUUAUAUUGGACAUCUCUUAUGAAAACUCUUUUAUUUUGCAGGGCUCUAACAGAAUAGAACAUUUUUGCACGAGCCGAUUCAAUUAUUUUUUAAUCCUCUCUCAAGUGUGAUGGUUACUUGCAAAACUUUGCAGGUUUGAAGGUAAUGUUUUGGUGGUGGCUAAUGGUUCACGCACUAGUCUGGGGUAAAAUUGUCUUUCAGCUCAAUUAAGAGAGGGCUCAUACAUUCAUUUGAUCAACUCGCCUUUUCAUUACUUUUUAAUUAAUCAUGGAUGGUAUGCAUACAUACCAAUAUCAAUCAAACACGGUCCUAAAAACUCUUAACAAUACUUUAUUUUACAUAAGAACAACAGUUAACAAUAGUCAUAAUCUGAAAAAUAUCUCAAAAUAUAUGAUACAUUUUUAAAACUUAAGUAUGUAAAAGUUGUAAUUUGUAAAAUGAAUCACCUCAAUGUUGAAACAGUUUGCCUAAUAUAGUUUUACAUUGACGGGAAAA